AUGGUGCUGGGAACCGAGGCUGUGGACGGUGUUGCUGACGUGGCAGGCGCGGGUCCCGCUGACGCCGUCGCGGCGGUCGCAGCUGCUGACGUGGCGAGCGCUGCCACGGACGCCGCGACCGACGUGGCCGCACACGCCGCCGAAUCCGCUGCUGACGAAGCCUCCGACGAGGAAAACGAUCUCGAUAGCGCCGAAGACGCGAGAAAGAAAGCCUUAGAAGACGCGGAACUAGUCUGGCAUAAGUGCGUGCAGUCGGAGAAGCUAGGCGAGGUGUGCGUGGGGGUGUUCGUGGAUUCUCAGCAGGAGCCGCCGCUGCUGUUCUCAGAGAUCAGCCUGCGGAACCACACGUUCCUGGUGCCGCUCGCCAAGGCCAAGGCGUGUCUAGAUGAUCAGCUGCUUCUCAAUCUGCUCCUUCACGACCCCAAGCUUGCGCCCUUUGCUGCGGAGAUUAAGGCCAUCAUGAUCAUGGAGAAGCUGGCCGCUGCUGAUGUCAUCAGCGAGUGCGUACUCUUUAACGGCCUCUCCAUUACAGUGGACAAACCCAACGACUGCCUGUACAUAUCGGCGUGUCCCCGCCUCUGCUGCCGCCUGGGCUGUCGCCGUGGGCACUGCCUCUACUCCAAGGACAAGGAGUUUGAGUGCUUCAGGGUGCGCGUGCCUCUGCAUAGGCACAGCAGGGAUGUUGCAGUGCGCUAG